AUGGCUGUUAUUGACGGAGAAAGCAUCGAGUUUACUCCCAGAAGCUAUGAACCUCUAGCAAAGCUUGAUACUAUCACGUUUUCUAAACUACUGGACCGUAACCCAGAACAAAUCAGCAAGCUUAUGGCAGCGUGUGAGAAUGUCGGCUUCUUCUAUCUAGAUAUUUCAGAUCAGUACUCAGCAACGAUGCUGGAUAAUCUUGAUGGUGUAAAUUUGGCUAUGAGGGCCUGGUUUGCUCAACCCGAAUCCGUGAAGCGGAAAUAUUUGGCCAUUAGUAUGGCAUCGCAUGGAUACAAGCCAAUUGGAUCUCAAGCUGGAACACAUGGUGGGCGAGAUGGAUGGGAGGUUUUGAAGACUGGCCGCUUUGAGAUGCAAAGUCGGUGGGGUCUUGCACCUGUCGUUGAGCAAAACUACGAGACUUUUGAAAAAUUCCAAACACAAUGCCAUUACAUGACAAAGAUCAUGCUUGAUCGCAUAUCGAAUGCUCUAGGCAUGACGGGCGAUCGGAGCCUCAACCGCUUUCAUCGGAAUGAUUGCCCUUCAAAGACUAAACUUAAUUUUCUGCACAGUAUCCCCAUGGACCCUACUGGAGGCAAUGUAGGCCACAACAUGCACACCGACUACGGUACCCUGACGCUCGUCUUCGCUCCUCAGUGGGGCUUGCAAGUGAUGACACCUGUCGGCCCUGGUGCAGACGAAUUUGAGUGGCAAUAUGUAGAGCCGCGUCCCGGAUGCGCUGUUGUGAAUGUGGCCGACGCACUUCGCUUCUUGACGAACGAUAGGCUGCGCUCAGCCGUACACCGCGUUCUUCCUCUGACACACUCGGACAGAUACUCAGUGACGUACUUUUUGCGUCCGAGUGAUGACACGGAGAUUACUGAUGCGGAGGGAAAAACUUAUAACGUUAUGGAUUGGUAUGAUAAGAAGAACAAGAUGUAUGAGACUUCGCAUGCGGCGCAGGAUAGAUCACUUCUUAUUGGGAAUUUGUACAAGAAUAUUUAG